AUGCAAUGCAGUGGCAGUGAAAAUAUGAAAAAAGCUGAAAAAGACGGUUCUACAAAAGAUGCGACCAAAGCCACCCAAAGCCAAUUAACACUGAUAGGAGUCAGGUGUAGUGAAAUUUUGACAAAAGCUGCACAAAUGCAUGAGAUUCAAAAUGGUACUCCAGAAGCAAAAACAGUAGUUGUGUGUUCUGGUGCAGCUGAUAAUGUUACAACACCAACCUCAAAGACUGUCAAAAUCAAACCAAAGCCAUCACCAAUCUCCAAGAAUGUCAAAAUCAAACCAAAGCCAUUACCAAUCUCAGAGUCUGUCAAUAUCAAACCAAAGACUUUGCAUGGACAAAUUCCACAAAGCAUUGCACAGACAAUCAAGCUAGCUUCAAAGUCCAUUCCAAUUCCUUCAAAAAGUCGCAUGAUUGUACUCAACUCUCCAGUCCUGCUGAAUAGGGAUGCACUGGUACAGGCCAGUCUGAAUGCUGUAAUGCAAUCACAAGGUACCACGGCGACAGGGCAAGCUGAUAAUCAGGAGACUCCAGUAUUUGAAGUUGUUCAGGAUUCAAUGCAGAAACCAUUUGACCCUAAACAGUCGCAGAGUAUCAACUCGUCACCAGCCAACUUACAAAUUCACCAAGUUCAAGUCCCAGUGUCUUCUAAAUCAAACAAAGUGGACUCGUCACCAGCCAACUUACAACUUCGUCAAGUUCAAGUCCAAGCGCCUUCUAAAUCAAACACAGUUGAGUCAUCACCAGCCAACUUACAACUUCGUCAAGUUCAAGUCCAAGCGCCUUCUACAUCAAACACAGUGGACUCGUCACCAGCCAACUUACAAAUUCACCAAGUUCAAGUCCAAGCGCCUUCUAAAUCAAACACAGUGGACUCGUCACCAGCCAACUUACAAAUUCACCAAGUUCAAGUCCCAGUGUCUUCUAAAUCAAACACAGUUGACUCGUCACCAGCCAACUUACAACUUCGUCAACCAACUUACAACUUCGUCAAGUUCAAGUCCAAGCGCCUUCUAAAUCAAACACAGUUGACUCGUUACCAGCCAACUUACAACUUUGUCAGGUUCAAGUCCAAGCGCCUUCUACAUCAAACACAGUUGACUCGUCACCAGCCAACUUACAACUUCGUCAAGUUCAAGUCCACGCGCCUUCUACAUCAAACACAGUUGACUCGUCACCAGCCAACUUACAACUUUCGUCAGGUUCAAGUCCAAGCGCCUUCUACAUCAAACACAGUUGACUCGUCACCAGCCAACUUACAACUUCGUCAAGUUCAAGUCCAAGCGCCUUCUAAAUCAAACACAGUUGACUCGUCACCAGCCAACUUACAACUUCGUCAAGUUCAAGUCCAAGCGCCUUCUAAAUCAAACACAGUUGACUCGUCACCAGCCAACUUACAACUUUGUCAGGUUCAAGUCCAAGCGCCUUCUACAUCAAACACAGUUGACUCGUCACCAGCCAACUUACAACUUCGUCAAGUUCAAGUCCACGCGCCUUCUACAUCAAACACAGUUGACUCGUCACCAGCCAACUUACAACUUCGUCAGGUUCAAGUCCAAGCGCCUUCUAUAUUAAACACAGUUGACUCGUCACCAGCCAACUUACAACUUCGUCAAGUUCAAGUCCAAGCGCCUUCUACAUCAAACACAGUUGACUCGUCACCAGCCAACUUACAACUUCGUCAAGUUCAAGUCCAAGCGCCUUCUAAAUCAAACACAGUUGACUCGUCACCAGCCAACUUACAACUUCGUCAAGUUCAAGUCCAAGCGCCUUCUAAAUCAAAUACAGUUGACUCGUCACCAGCCAACUUACAACUUCGUCAAGUUCAAGUCCAAGCGCCUUCUAAAUCAAACACAGUUGACUCAUCACCAGCCAACUUACAACUUCCUCAAGUUCAAGUCAAAGCACCUUCUAAAACAGUUGACUCGUCACUUUCCAAGGCACACAGCAUCAACUCCUCACAAACCAAAUUAAAAUUUCAUCAAGUUCAUUUUUUUGCACCUUCUGAAUCACCCACAGUUGUCGCAUCAUCUUCCCACAGUAUUAAUUCAUCACAAGUCAAAUUAAAACGUAAUCAAGUUCAUUUUGCGGCGCCUUCUAAAUCACACGUGGACUCGUCACUUUCCAAGGACCAGGUGGUCAACCCAUCAUCUUCCAAAUUUGAACCUCAUCAAGUUCGUUUAUCGGCACCUUCUAAAUCACAAACAGUUGACUCGUCACUUUCCAAGGACCAGGUGGUCAACCCAUCAUCUUCCAAAUUUAAACCUCAUCAAGUGCAUGUCUUGGUACCUUCUAAAUCGCAAACAGUGGACUCUUCACUUUCCAAAACCCGUAGCAUCAUCUCGUCACAAGUCAAAUUACAACUUCAAGCGCAUGCAUCAGCAUCUUCUAAAUCCCACACUGAUGACUUGCCACCUUCCAAACAGCACAGUAUCAACUCGUUACCUGCAAAAUCAAAACUUCAUCAAAUUUAUAUUGUGGCACAUUCUAAUAAACACAGCACCAGCUCCUCAUCUUCGAAAGUAAAACUUCAACAAGUUCAUACUUUAGCGCCUUCUAAACCACCUUUGAAGUUACAAACAGUUGAUCUGUCACCUUCCAAAACACACAACAUCAGCUCAGCACCAGCCAACUUGAAACUUCUUAAAUGUGACUUUCCAUCCUCCAUGUCACAAAGCAUCAACUUGUCUCCACCUUGUAAUUCAUCAACCUCCAACUCACAACACAUUGACUCACCAUCUGCUAAGCCAGACAGCAUUGGCUCAUCAUUGACACACUCACAACUUGACAGCCUGUUGACUUCCAGUUCAGUUGACUCUGUACUAUCUAGUCCAAAUAGCAGUGAUGAAAUACAAUCAGAACAGGACGAUUCAAUGUAUUUUCAGAAUGGGAUGACAACAUUAAAAGUCAAAGAAAAUGAUGCUCUUAUUCUGACUAGCAGUUUGAAAAAAUCUUCCAACGGUGUUAUAGAAAAGUUUAUUAAUCAUAUUCCAUGGCAAUGUGAAUGCCUCCCAGGCCAACGGCAAGCUGUCAUGGCCGACCAGGUCAUUGUGUGCAAAAAGGGCAUUCUUCGACAUUUACCAAACAUUAGAAUACUGCUAAUUCACGGCCGGGAGAUAGCAGGUGUUGUAUUCAAGGGCGUGUUAUAUGUGAGCUUUACCGAAGUCCAGAAAAAGCUCCUGUCUGCAAAAGGCAAAAUCUACUUGGCCAGAUUUAUAGAAGGACACCGUUCUGAUUUGCGGCCUUUGGACAAAGAAUUGAAGCUUUAUCUUAUGAAAGGAAAUACCAUAUUCAGAGUGCUAAGUGAAUACAUGAUAAGUGUUAACGGUCUGAAAAAAUUCAAAACUGCUAUGCUUGUAUAUGGUCUACGUGCACAGCAUAAGAUCUGGUCCAAGAAAACAAAUGAUUACUUCUUUGUGAGGAAAGGUGGAAAGAUGUGGUGUAUCUCAUGUCAUGGUUUCGUUCCUGAGGAGAGUUCCAUGGACAUAUACACCGAUAUUUGGUUACCUGGCGAACAACCAGAACUUGAUGGCAACCCCUGGGAAGCUCAAGGCCAAGACAACAGUGUUAGCUCUAUAAUCACCAUAAAAAACCUGGCUGCAUUAGAAGGAAGCAGUAUUGACAUGGAGUGUGGCUCUGAUUCUCUGACUUGUAAUUCAGUAUAUAAAGACACGCAUGUAGAGGUUGGUAGUGUUACUAUCAGCAGAUCCACCUUCAAAGCUUUCAAAGUGAAGGACCUGUGUUUUAUCAGCAUUUUUCAAUUACUGUGGAAAAGAGUCAUCUCCCUUAGCUGCAUUGAAAGAGAGUUGAAUCUUCUGAAUGCUGUUCCCCAGCCACCCCCAGCAGUUGUGGAGAAACACUUUAAGGAAACCAAUAACAUUUUUGUAAACAAAGAGUGGAUUGACUUAAACACACUCAGGUGCGUGUGCUGUAUGGAAAAGCCUCAUGGGGAGUCCCUUGAUAAGGAUAUUAUCAAUUCAAUCGUGUCUGGCAAAAUGAAAAUGAAAUUUGAGUAUACAUUUAAGGUGGUAUCUAUGGACAGUUCUGAUUUCACUCCUGGAUAUAUUGACAAGUCUGUCACCCUCAUUGGUGCAAGGUUCCAGGUGGGCAUGGACAAAAUCAAAGAGAAGCCAUACGCAAGAGGUAGAACAGCUCAAGAGGGAGUUUGGAAGUUACUUAACACUGAUAUCCCAUCUACUUUAAAUGACAAGAUGUUGGAAAGUGAAUGUGAUGUUCAACUUCAACACACACAAACUCCUGAGAACAAGGAGUCAGAAGGUGGGUGUGAUGUUCAAGGCAAACAAACUCCUGAGAACAAGGAGUCAGAAGGUGGGUGUGAUGUUCAAGGCAAACAAACUCCUGAGAACAAGGAGUCAGAAGGUGGGUGUGAUGUUCAAGGCAAACAAACUCCUGAGCCGGUUCGAUUAGGAAGAAAACGGGGGCACAAGACUUCAGAAAUAUUUGUCAAAAAGAAAAGGAAAUGUCUGGAGAAUUCAGUGAACCAUCCAGUGGGGGAAGAGGUCAAUUUACCUCCUCCAAAUCUACCUGGAAGCAAUGUUCCUGGGUCAGGAGAUAACACAAUAGAUUCCUCUUUUGCCCACCUGUCUUCUCCUGGGCUUCAAAACAGCCAAGUUACAAUAAAAACAGAACCAGUGGACUACCAAGUUACAAUAAAAACAGAACCAGUGGACUACGAGGAUAGUUUAUCUGCCCCUGAACAUCCUAGUUUUGUGAUUGACCAGGGGAUUAUCAAACAUGAAAACAUUCAGGGCCUACCAGAGGAGCUAUUACCUGAUAAUGUGAAGUCACAGUUCUUUCCGUUAGAAAUGGAAUGCGACACAAUAACCACUGAAAAUCCGUCUUUAGACUCCGUCUGUAAUGGAUUGUCACCAAAACAUGUAGACCAGUUAAUUAAGAGAGAAGAAUCUGAUAGUGAAGAAGACACCUGUCAAUUUAAACAUGAAUAUUUGAUGCUAGGUGCUAGCUUUUGAAACAGAAUCACACUAAUAUUAGUCAAAACAUUAAGAUAGAAAGGUCAGAAUAAGAGAUAUCUCAUGUCUCAUGAAGACCGUUUUGAUUUGGUUUAAAUUUUCAUUCUGAUAAUGAGACCAUUUUUAGCCUAUAGGGCUCAUAACAAGGACGUUGCAUUUGUUAACAUUUUUUUUUUUUUUUUGCUGAAUUUAAUAUCCAUUGGAAUUUGGUGGUAUUUUACCAGGCAAUGGCUUCUUUCAGGACUGAAUUAUAGUAAUGAGAUUCUUGUGUAUGUUUUGGUUCAAUGCAACUAAAAUUUGUUUAUGAAUAAACAAUAUUUUGUGAAUAUAAGAUCUGAAAUCUAAAAAAAAAAAGAAAAAAUUACAUAAGAAAGUGAAGUACAGUAAAACCUCUCUAUUAGGACCACCUGGGGAACUGAGCGAAAAAGGUAUUAAUUAAGCGGGGUUGUCUUCCCCUAGUGUGUCUAUCACAUUUUCAAACAACGUUAUGUUUAUCAUGAAAUAAGGGGCAGAAUAUAGUUAAAAUAUUAUCCAUCCUUCAAACUGCCUAUUGCAAUAUUCUAUAAUGAUGAAAAUGCAGUCGUCAAAGCAAUAUCAAACAUCUAGUUUGAUACAACUUUACAAACAACCCUAAUUAUCAUUAUGUGUUGAUACAACUUAACAAAGAACUGUUAUAUAAGAUACUUCUAUUUUCUUUUAUUGCUUAAAAUGUUGGGCAUUAAAAAUAAUACAAUCCAA